GGAUUCCGGAAGUUGCUUUUUAAGCUAGCGUGCGGCUCGGUGUGGUUUCUCUGAGCUUCCACGAUGGCGUACCGCGGCCAAGGCCAGAAAGUACAGAAGGUGAUGGUGCAGCCCAUCAACCUCAUCUUCAGAUACUUGCAAAAUAGAUCCCGGAUUCAGGUGUGGCUCUACGAGCAAGUGAAUAUGCGGAUAGAGGGCUGUAUCAUAGGCUUUGAUGAGUACAUGAACCUUGUAUUAGAUGAUGCGGAAGAGAUUCAUUCUAAAACAAAGUCAAGAAAACAACUGGGACGGAUCAUGCUGAAAGGAGAUAACAUUACUCUGCUACAAAGCGUGUCCAACUAGAACUGAUGAUUGAAGCGAGAAGCUGAGGGCAAGAGCUCCCCCACUCCCCCUUUUUUAAAGUUUCUUUGUUAUGAGUAUAGUUCUAAAACAUGGCUCAUAGUGUCUUCAUUACCCUUAGGUUCUUACUCAACCACAAUAAAUGGCCUCUGUGGGAUUGUUUUUA